CCAGCCUCGAUCUAUGAGAUAUUUUGUAAUGUUCUAUGGAAAUACUCGAGUAUGAGUUCGAAUACAAUUUGCGCUCCUUCACUCAGCGGCCCACCACGAUGGUCAAUUUCACUGGUCAGCGGGCUAGGCAGAAUCUACUAUGUGAAAUUUGAGCGGUACUCCGACUCCAGUGCAACCGAUCCUGAAUCAGACUGCCGACGACGGACCUUGGCCUCGAACGUGAAUGAAACAUAACGUGCAUCGACAUUCAUCACGUGAAUGUCCUAUUUCCCGGCCCUUUUUUCCUUGUGUCAGCGUGCUCACAAAAUGCUGUGGUAAGCCUAGCCAAGCCAGCCAGCGGCCGAGGCGGAAUUUCGCAGGUUUGUGUACAGCUCUUCCUGGGCCCUGAAUCUUCCACUCCUACCCACGUCACAACGGCUCCAAGUCGGGGCCCGGCGUCGUUCCACGCGCGCACUGCGCAUCUCGCCCGGGGCUCUAUCUAGCCAUUUGCGCUCGACACACACACACACACAGGCACCCGCGCGCUGUGUCGCUGGUAAAAGGCACCGGGCGUUUUACGCUGAGGGGGGGAUGGCAUUGGCAAAAUGAUUUCGCGCUGUCGCGGUGCGGAACGCAUGCCAACAGAUUGCCCAGCUGACCGGCAAGUCACCGAUCCCCGCUCCCCACAUCCCCAUAAUGACAAUCUCAGGAGCCCCCCUAUCAUCUGACGAGGAGCGGCCAAUCAGCGUCCUCCGAAAAGUGAUGGCGACAGCGGGUUGCGGUCGUUGUUUCUCAGGGGCUGAGACUUGGCGCCAUUUACCCCAGACCUAGGGGCACUGCCACGGCCGUGAGAUUGCGGAGGAUAUAAAGCGUGUGUGAGCGGGAGCGUAUCUCCCAUUCUUGUCCGUGUCUGCUCCCUGCCAUGGUCAACCUUCGCCGCGUUGAAGAUCGCCCGACUCCGAAGGAGGUGUACAACUGGAGAGUCUACGCCAAUGCGAUCUUCGCCGCUUGGGCCGCCGUCACCACCAGUUACGACUCGGCUUUCAUUGGCACGUCGAUCAGCUUGACGAGCUUCAAGACCGAGUUCAAUCUGCUGCACAAGAGCGCGCACGAGCUCAACUUCAUCUCCGCCAACAUCGUCUCCGUUUUCCAAGCGGGAUGCUUCUUCGGCGCCUUCGCCGGUUACGGCCUGGGCUACUACCUGGGGCGCAAAAUCGGCCUCCUCGUCGCCAGCUCCAUCUUCAUCGUCGGCGCCGUCAUGCAAUGCGUCGCGACUGGGUCCACCGGGCUCGGGCUCAUGUAUGCGGGUCGGAUCAUCGUGGGUCUGGCGGUCGGAAUUGCGUCCAAUCUGGCUCCGAUUUACGUCGCCGAAAUUGCGCCGCCUGCUAUCCGCGGCCGUCUGAUCGGUCUGUACGAACUGUGCUGGCAGACGGGUGGUGUCAUCGGCUUUUGGAUUAAUUAUGGUGUUACGCAACACAUCGGUCCGAGCCGCAAGCAGUGGCAGAUGGCCUUUUUCGUCCAGCUGAUUCCCGGUGGGAUGCUCUUCAUCGGCUCGCUGUUCAUGGUCGAGUCGCCGCGAUGGCUCGCGUCCAGGGACCGCAACUCCCAGGCGCUGCGCAACCUGGCCACGCUGCGCAAUCUCCCCGAGGACGCGCCCUACGUCGUGGAGGAGCUGGCCGAGAUCGAAGCCGGGAUCGCGCACGAACGGAGUCUCGCUGGGGCCGGGUUCUUCGGGCCCCUGCUCACCGUCUUCCGCAGCAAGGCGCUGAUGUACAGGCUGUUCAUUGGAUGCAUCAUGUUCGCCUGGCAGAACGGCACGGGUAUCAACGCCAUCAACUACUACUCGCCGACGAUCUUCAAGUCUAUCGGGAUCACCGGAACCAACACGAGUCUGCUCACGACUGGGGUGUACGGCCUCAUCAAGCUGUUUGGCGCGCUCGUCUGGCUGCUAUACCUGGUGGACACCUUCGGCCGUCGCUGGGUGCUCAUCGUCGGUUCCGCCGGAGGGGCUGUCUGCAUGUACUACAUCGGCGCAUUCAUCGCUGUCUCGCAGCCCACGCGCCACGUGACGACCACGAUCGGACCGGGCGGCCGCAGCGCGAUUGCGUUCUUCUACCUGUGGACGAUCUUCUACGGCCCGACGUGGAACGGCACGCCGUGGGUGUACGGCGCUGAGAUCUUCCCGCAGCACGUGCGGACGUUCACGCAAGCGUGCAUCGCUGCGUCGAACUGGCUGUUCGGCUUCAUCAUCGCGCGGUUCACGCCGCAGAUGUUCGCGACGAUGGGCUACGGCGUGUAUCUCUUUUUCGCGACGCUCAUGGUGUUUUCGAUUCCGUUCGUCUACUUUGUGAUACCCGAGACGAAGCAGAUCCCGCUGGAGCGGAUGGAGGAGCUGUUCGCGCCCGAGCUCAAGCCCCGGAAAGCACACGGCAUCGUCAUGGCGCGCGUGCACGAGACCCGGGCGCUGCGCGACGAGAGUCCGCGCUCCGUGUCGCUCGACGAGAAGUCGGCGCAGAUCCAGCGCGAGAAUGUGUAAGAUGACGAUUUGGGAUAUUUCUGCUCGGUUAACCUCAUGUAUAAUGUACGCUACGACGAUCUACUGCAAUCAACUCUCCGGUUGGGACUAUUUUGGUCGGAUCACCUGGCUAUAAUUGGACUGCUGCGGUUUUGGAUCUGGUCAGCCUCUCUUCCUUUGAUCAGGUCAGGUGCUGCACUUGGUCAGCUCUCAGCGCCGUGGAAGCUAUCCGGCCGUGGGUGACGCAUAGCAUCAAGCCGCCAGUCAAUACUGAAUCUACCCACGGUCCAUUGCCAUUCCGCCAUGUUCAGCCGCCUCCCAACCCGGGUCCAACAUUCAACCGGGCUGCAAGUCACACGUAUGGUCGGGUCAACGAGGUCCUGCGUCUCAACCGUGCAGAACCGGAGCCAGGCUCUCCCUCGCUGUCGGAACCCAUCCGGAUAUGCGACACCGCGAACGGCGAACAUACAGCACGUUCGUAACCACAGAUGACAAUACACCAUCGCACAGUCCAAUAAUCAUCCGUGUUAUCAACAGAUCGAUAAGAUUCGCAGCUUAAAUAGUAGCAUCUUCUCAAGUCAUCUUACCCCACCUCUACUACUCACCCACGCCUACUAGCCAUGAGUUUCUGCAAGGACUGCAUCAGCGGUGUCACCCACGAGGGAACGCCCGAAGGCAAGAUCGAGACCAUCGGCGGAAU